AUGAUCAAGACAACCGGCCUCCUUCUCGUCCUGGCCUCCAUCCUCUCUCAAUCCUAUGCUCAGCCUGAGUCGUGCACCACGGCUUGUCGCGCCCUCUCCGGCCAAUGUGGCGUCAGUCUCUCCACACUGGCGCGCACUCCCUGCUUGGAUACAAGAUCUAACACCGAACGCACAUGCGACUGCAACCUGAACCUCGACUCCAUCCAAGCCCUCAGUGAGAAAGACGUGAUUCGCGACUGCGUCCUAAAAAAUCUGGCGCUGACAAAAAUACAGUCGCUUGACAUCAAGGCAAAAAUGAUCAACGUGCACGUCAACAGGAUUUCCAAUACAGGCAGGCUGUCACAGAGCGGCGAUAUCAGACGGUCGACAAUUUGCGGUUUUGGAUGCACAGGGAGAAAUCAAUUUCAGAAUUGCAUCUUAUCUGGAUCUAUUUUCAGGUCAACGUUUGAUAAUAUCUUUGCAAACGGGAGGGCAACUGUGUCUAUAUCUGGUGACAAGUUCGUCCGCAGCAAGGUUGACUCUAUCACGUCGGACGAGGGCAUCCAGAUCGGCUGCAAGGAUGGUUUUGACAACAACAAGAUUGAGUUAUUGGCGACGUCCAGUUCCGGGAGGUUCAGCUCCGUCCUGGGGACGAAAAUCCGCAACAAUGAAAUCGGCCUGUUCAGUUCCGGCCCUAUCAGUAGUUUUGCUGAAUUGGAUGGGAAUACAGCCGAAAUAGCAAACAUGCAGGGGCCUUGUGCAGUGCUAAAUGUGAAAUCGAAGAUUAUUACGGACAGGCUCACGUUGCCGCGAGAUGAGCCGGACUGUGCCAGGAUGUUUGAGGAGGCAUGAUUUAUUAUCAUCUUCCAUGCGGACGGCCAGAAGUGCAGUUUUCUGUACAUCUUCUGAUGUGCGCAUCAACCUCUGUUCACCCCAUGUGUAGUAUCCUUUUCAUAGAGUAAUACCGGCGCCGUUGGCUAAAACUAUUGACCGAAGUUGCUUCUCGAUCAUUGUCG